AUGGCCUGCACUACUGUCACCACAGCCGGUGCCGGUGGGGAAUCCCCUGUUUUAUACGUCACAGAGGGAGAUAAUGUCACUCUGCCGUGUAAAAAUGUACUUUAUCCUGGCUGCUCCUCAACUACGUGGCUCUAUGCUGGGAGGUCAAACGGAGCUGCUGUUGAACUGGUCACUCAUGGGAAGAUCAGAGACCCACAGAAACACAGGAGACUAAGUUUGCUGACUGACUGCUCUCUACACAUUAAUGAUGUCAGCGCUGAAGACGCUGGAUUGUAUACAUGUCAGAAGUUUACGUAUGAAAAUGGACCGAAAUACGGAGAUGAUACUGAUGCUUUCCUGUCUGUUCUUACCGUGAGAAAGUCACGGUCUGGCGGCACUGUGACCCUGCAGUGUCUCCUGAACAGCUAUUAUGGUCCUGGACGGUGUCCCCCAUCUCUCACUCUGCGGUGGGUUAGUGACACAGACCCCCCGGGGCAGAGAGAUCCCAGCUCCCAGACAGACACAGACCGCUGUAACUCCACUCUGCCGAUUAACCAUAGGAGGACAGAGAAGGACCAGACGGAAUGGCGAUGUCAGCUGCUGGAUAAGGGGAAGGUGAAGCUCACAUCCAGCCCUGAACAGGGUCGUGGUAAAACUACAGGAAACAAACACAGACCUACAGAGAAAACAUCCACAGCCAUUUCUGUGACUGUUCGACUUUCUCCUACAAAACCUCAGUACAGUCCUGAAGGCAACCUUGAUCAUAAGGGAACUACACUGGAAAAAGUGCUCACUCCCCGGCUCUUCUUCUUCUUCCUGGCCCUGAUCGUCCCUCUGGUCACUGGAGCUGCUGUUUACACCAAGAGGAAGAGGAGCAUCGCUCAGCGCAGUGACUGCACCAGCAGCGUUUCUUUCCAUAGGCGACAGACUGAUGAAUGAAAAUUAUCUGCAGUGUGGCAGAUAUACAACGUGUUUAGAGACACUGUUACAUGUGUAAGAUCUGUUAUGCAUGUGGUGCCUGUUUGAAAAUGCACUGGCCCAGAGUUACUUACUGUACUUCUAAUAUUAUUCUGGCUUUGAUGCUAAUCAGAUAUUUAUCUAUCGAUAAAUCUGUAUUUUAUUGAAUUAUACCACAUUCCUGCCUAUAGUUUUACGCAAACAUUAGUCUCCAAGGUUUCAGCUGAUGUCGUGUUCAAAACUGCUCUUUUACACUCGUGUGUUUAACUUUAUGUAUCUGUGAUUUCAUACUGGACUUGCUGUGAAUCUCCUUUCAAAUAUUGAUGGGAAAACUUUCAAUUUUUAUGCUCAGAAUAAGGGUUAUUUGUUGCAACCACUGAUUUUUAUUAUAUAAUGUAGCAUAUAUUUUUAAUUGUGACCUGCAGUUAUAUCAUGUGUGUAUAUAAUGAGAGCAGUGAGCCCUGCUCUCUCAGUAGCUCCAGAGAGGAACAGGGCGGCCCUACAGCCUGCCAGUGACCUGCAGUUAUAUCAUGUGUGUGUAUAAUGAGAGCAGUGAGCCCUGCUCUCUCAGCAGCUGUAGAGAGGAACAGGGCGGCCCUACAGCCUGCCAGGGACCUGCGGUUAUAUCAUGUGUGUAUAUAAUGAGAGCGGUGAGCCUUGUUCUCUCAGCAGCUCCAGAGAGGAACAGGGCGGCCCUACAGCCUGCCAGUGACCUGCAGUUAUAUCAUGUGUGUAUAUAAUGAGAGCAGUGAG